GCGGGACUUCAGGGUGGGUGGUGCGAGCCGCCGGCUUAGGAGGGGGCGUUGUCUGUGAGCAAAACAGCCGUUAAUCUGUUGUUGGUCAGGCUGCUGCUAACAUGAGCGGCCAGGAUGGAGCUGAGACGUCCCCUUUUCCGCAAACCCGCAGUCUCACGACUCUCGGCCUUACCCCAGGAGACCCCGACCCACACCAGUGCCUGAAGCUCCGUGAGGCAACCGAGGCGUCACAGGUGAUGGCGGAGCCGGGUGAGGGAAGCUUGGAGACUGUCGCGCUCCCACCGCCUCAGCUUCCAGAGGAAGCCUUCCACGCCUCCGCGGGCUGUGGCCAAACUCCCCAGAUCCGAGGCGGUGGGGAUCGAGGUUUCGUAGAGACCGAAGCCGGUCGGGCGGAGGCCCCGCCUCUAACGGAAGGCCUGGAAGCUGGGUCUGUGUCCGUGGCAACGGACCACAGCUUGAAAAAUGGCUGUCGGAGUGGAGAGCCGGGCGGCCCAGGUGGGGAGAAGCCCCCAGGAACCUGUGUUGCAGAGAGGUCGGGGUCUGAGGUGUUGGAAGAGGUGAAGGCCAGUGAAGUGGAGACAGAAAAGUGCACCGUUUUCUCGGUAGCAGUGGAUGAAGCGGUGGAGAAGAAGGGAGUGAAGGAAGAGGACACGGUGGAGAAGGAAGGAGUGAAGGAGGAGGAGGUGGUGGAGCAGAAGAUGGAGAUAGAGAAGCAAGUAGGGGAAGAAAUAGAAAUGAUGGAGGAAAAUAGAGUGGUAGAGGAGGUGAAGGAGGAAGCGGGGCUCCGACCCUUGAAUAUGGAUCUUCGCAUGAACCCCCUGGAAGCCAUCCAGCUGGAACUGGACACUGUGAAUGCUCAGGCUGACAGAGCCUUUCAACAACUGGAGCAGAAAUUUGGGCGCAUGCGUCGUCACUACCUGGAGAGGAGGAACUACAUCAUUCAGAAUAUCCCGGGCUUCUGGGUGACUGCCUUUCGGAACCACCCCCAGUUGUCCCCCAUGAUUAGGGGCCAAGAUGCCGAGAUGUUAAGAUACAUAACCAAUUUGGAGGUGAAGGAGCUCAGACACCCCAGAACUGGCUGCAAGUUCAAGUUCUUCUUUCGAAGAAACCCCUACUUCAGAAACAAGCUUAUUGUCAAAGAAUAUGAGGUCAGAGCCUCUGGCCGAGUGGUGUCUCUUUCCACUCCAAUCAUAUGGCGCCGGGGCCAUGAACCCCAGUCCUUCAUUCGCAGGAACCAAGAUGUCGUCUGCAAUUUCUUCACCUGGUUUUCAGACCAUAGCCUUCCAGAGUCUGACAAGAUUGCUGAAAUUAUCAAAGAGGACUUGUGGCCCAAUCCACUGCAGUAUUACCUGUUGCGUGAAGGAGUCCGUAGAGCCAGACGUCGCCCAAUAAGAGAGCCUGUAGAGAUCCCCAGGCCCUUUGGAUUCCAGUCUGGUUAAUCUCUGCCUUUGGAAUUACUGCACAAGGUCCCUACUACCCCUUGCUGGACUUGUGCUUGGACAACAAGAAAUGGGUAUGCCUUCUACCUUUUUUUUUUUUUUUCUUUUUUCCCCCUGACAUUUUUACAACCUCUUCCUCUGGACAGUUUUCUCAACCUCGAGAUUGAGACUUUCAAGACUUGCUCCUCCAUUUCCACAUGGCCUUCAUGCUAUUCUGCAUUACUGUCACAUGCUGCAUGGUCAUGAUUCACAUCACUCCUAAGCCAAGCAAAUGAUGCUGUAAAUUGCACUGCCUUUAUCUGCACUGCAUGGACCCUGUUUGUUCCUAGGGCUUUUUGACUCUUUCCACCUGGAAUUCUAACUUUGCCUAGGAGCCCAUUCUACCCAUUUUGCUCUGCAGUAUAGGCAGACAAUCGUGGGGCGUUAAUGAUAUCAAGAGAGCAGCAGUGGGCCAGUUGGUCUGAUUUAUGUGACUCUGUGGCUCUUCUUGUACCUCUAGUCACCUACUGCUUACUACUGGCUAUGCCCACCCACCUUGGGCUACUACCUACUGGAUGAAUACCUUGCAGAUCACUGUCAGCCCCACUGUGGUCUCCUUUCUUUUAAACAAGAAUCCCUAGAGCUGGUGAUGGACCCAGAUUUCUUGCCAGCACACAAGACCCUUCCAUUCCUUUCCCAAAAGACAUCCUUGAUUCCUCACCCCCUCUCUCCUCUCCCUUCAUGAUCCAGAACCCGACUGUCAGGCAAGUAGUUAAGGUGACAAGUUAAGACUUUAUUCUUAUGGCAAGAGUAAGGAUGGUGUCCAUUCCAAGUACCAGGCUUUCUCAGCCUCAACUAGUAAAUUCACACAAAACCUAGGUAUACCUCUUUGUGCCUCUUCUCCUUGCCCUGAACAUGGUUAAGUGCCAGGGUGGUAGUACACUUUCUCCCUAUCUGCCUCUUGUCUCUUAAAGAAAAAAAAAAAUGAUAGCUCAAAAGUAGGCCUUCUGGUUUAAUUUAGCUUUAGCUCUUCAUGAUUUCCAGGGACAGGUUGUCCUGUAAAAGACUGCUAGAGCUCUUAUUUCCCUCUGCAUUCUUCCCCAUCCUCCACUCCCUUUAGCGACACCUAGAGGGUUUAAAAGGAGAUGGAUGUAGAUGAAAUGAAGUGAUACCUAGUUCAUAGUCAUGGAAGAACUAGAGCUUUUGAUGGGUGCUCUAAGCGGGGGAAACAGCAGACGACCACAAGUGAAAAUGAGCAAGAUAAAAAUUGGGCCUAAGAUUAAGACUGGCUUGGCAGAGCCUUCAAGGAAAAGGUUCUUUUUCUAUCAGUGGUAAUGGAAGGAGGAAUACUUUUUCUCAGGAUUUCCAUGGGAGAAUUGAGUGUUAAAUGUGUUGCUUAGAGAAGAAUACUUUAAAGAAACAAAGCAACUUUGGGUGCUUUCUGUUCUUUUCAUUUUGUUGUUUCAUUUUCUGUUGUUUUCAUUUACGUGGAAGAUUCGUACUGUGGUUUUUUUGUCACUAGUGUUUAGUAAAAUAACAUUUUCUGUUUCUGCUUAAUGGGAAAACUGAGCUGUACAGGCUUUCUUUUUGCUUUCAAUUGGGAACAUUUGGAAAAAUAACAAUUUUAUUUUCCUGUAAUAUAUAGAGACUUAACUGAAUAUGAGUUUCAACUUCUUGUUUCUGUUAAAAAUGUAUUCUUAGAAAUAUAAUUUGAGUAACUUGGUUUUGUCAGAUUCUGAAGACUGGAAAUUGUUGUCUUCAUGGAAAAAUAACCUACAAAAAAUGUUUGACUUGAUUGUCUUUCUUGGUAACUUACCCUGGUAACAACUUGGUAAAUGAUGUGUCUCUUUUCCUAAAUAUCAUAAAUACUUGUGAGAUUGCUCUUUCAAACUGGAAAUGUACCAUUGGGAUAUUUGUCUUUCUGUAUAUGCAUCAUGGUAAAAUAAAAGCAUGUUACUGUGCUA